UUCUUUAUCAUUGUGAUAACGUAGUAUGGCCGUCAUUUGGAAGUAUUCACAGUUUUACUUCCACAAAGAAUACGCGAUAAACAUUGCACGGAGCGAAUUAAGAAAGACAUUAAUUAAUAAAUUCUUUACGCGAGUGACAUAAACAUUGAAGCAGCAGUGAAAUAAUAUUAAUUGUUUUUAAUUCGGUCGCCUUCAGUUUUGUAAUUUUUCACGGAUUUCUUGUUUUUAUCCAAAAUGUGGCUAAUCAGUCAACCGAACGGAGUGAUCCAGGAGGUGAAGGCAGAUCCCAACGCCAUUGGACAGCAGUGCCUGGAAAGAUUAUGCGAAAAGCUGGAGAUUGGAGCCGAGUCCGACUACUUCGGGCUCCGCGUGUGCCCCGCCUCGGGGCCCAGUCGCUGGCUCAAUCUGCGGAACCCACUCGACCCGCACCGCAUCCCCGGCGGCCGUCUGGACCUCAGAGUCAAAUUCUGGGUCCCUCCCCACCUCCUGAUCAACGAACCCACCCGCCACCAGUUCUAUCUCCACGCGAAACUCGAUCUGACCGAAGGUAGACUCGUCGUCGCCGACCAAGAAGUGGCCAGAAGGAUCAUAGCCUACAUAGCGCAGGCGGAGACCGGCGACUGCGACGCCGAAGUACCCCCCACCGACAUCUACGAUGAAUGCGACAAAAUCGGACCUCAAGGCGAGAAGCCUGACGAUCAUUUAGAGAAGAUCAUCGAAUACCAUUGCGAGAUAGCCGGCAUGCGCGCUUCGCAGGCGGAAUACAGGCUUCUAAAGGAGAUAUCGAAGCUGGAGUCGUUUGGGGAGGAGCUGUUCUUCUGUAAGCCAGUGACGCAGUUCAACAACGCUCACAACCUGUACAGUCACUUGUUGUAUCACGCGCAGCAAGUUGAAGAGCCGAAGACGCGCGACGACCAGGAGAUAGACGGGAGUGGGACGGUGGGGUGCCUGGCGACGGGACAGACGGGCGUGGGCUGCGGCUGCAGGCUUAGCACGUGCGUGGGCGUGGGCCCGCACGGCAUCGUGGUCUACCGGCCCGCGUGCAACGGCGAGCAGGAGAUCGGAGUUGAAAAACAAAGCAUCCCGUACACAGCGAUCCACCGCGCGCAGCCGAUGCGGCGCAACUUCCAGCUGACAUACGUGACGGGGGAAGGCCACGAAGCCACGCUUCACGUCAAGAUGGCCACCUCGGGGCAGGCGGGCGCGGUGUACCGCGCGGUCACCGAGCGGCACGCGUUCUACUGCUGCGAGACCGUUCGGAGUGACGUCACGGAGCAGUUCAUUAGGGAUCUGAAGGGCACAAUAGCGUCCAUAUUCAACGACUCGACGACGCUAGGCCGCCGCUACGUGUUCGACAUCCGGCGCACGUGCCGCGAGGUGCACGACGGCGCUCGCCGCGCCGCGCACGCCGCCGCCGCGCACGAGCCGCGCGCGCGCCGCCGCGACACCGGGACAGACAACAAGGAGUCCCGUGGCCGCUCUCGCAGCGGCGGCCCGACCCUCGCGUGCCGCGUGUGCAUGGACAGCGCUAUGGACACGCUGUUCCUGCCCUGCAGGCACGUGGUCUGCUGCCAGGAGUGCGCGCCCAGAUGCGAAAGAUGUCCGCUGUGCCGCGGCGAGAUCGAAAAAACUAUGCACAUAUUCCUGCCCAUCGAGUACCAGAGUAGCGCCCUGCUCAUCGACAAAUGAGCAUCGCAUAACCGACAUUUUGCUCAAAAUGUGACGGUUGUCGAUACCUGGCGUGCCUGCGUGUGCGUGUGUGUCUAGUCAGCGAGUGUGACAACCCCUUUGGGGUUGGGUUAUUUGGUCCCUUAUGAAGGAAAGUGGGAUUGUAUACAGUUAGUAAAGACUGGUGUUCGCGACCUAAUGGUCUACAAAAGUGCAUUUUUUUACCUACGAUUAAGUUGGAAUGUUCGGAAUCCAUGAGGAAACGUACUUAAGCUAACAAUGUAACCUUAGUUUGUAAAUGUCCCUUCGUUUUAGAAGGGUGAAUUUAAAUUAAAAAAAAAAGGAAAAAUGUUCGAAAAUCAGCAAAAACUCUGUAGAAUUAACUAUGUGAUAACUGAUUAGCAAUAAUUUCUUUAUUAUUUUCUGUUUUGCACUGACUGGGAUUAUAUUUUGACUAUGUUUGUAUAAAAAAUAAGAACUACCCUUUGCAUUUUGUAAAUUCUUGCCUUUAUUGGACUGUACUUUGGAUCUUUUAAAUUUUCCUUACUUUAAAGUUAAUUAUGUAAGUUAAUUAAAAACGUAAGACCCGUGGUCUGUAAGAUUUAACAAAUAAAAAGAUAUGAAAAUAAACAAUAAUUAUGUUAAAA